AUGUCCGCAUUUGGAACCAACACAGGAACUAGAGUAAACUCCAUUGCUCCCCAAGAUUGUAAUGUUCCACAAGCAGGAAACGACGGAAUCAGUUCAUUGAAGUGGUCGCCAGCAGCCAACUUUCUGGUAUCCACCAACUGGGACGGUGGUGUCCGGUGUUGGGAAGUGCAAGAACAAGGGGGACAAGUACGCGCCAGCCCUAAAGCACAAGUCAAUCAUGAUUCUCAAUCUCCUGCUCUACAUUGCUGUUUCAGUCCCGAUGGUUCCACCGUAUUUUCAGGAGGAGCAGAUAAAGCCGUGAGGAUGUGGAAAUUGGGAGAAAAUCCACCAGGUGGCAUCGCACAACAGAUUGGAAACCAUGAUGCUCCGGUCAAAGCGGUGGGCUUCUUGCAACCUAGCAGCCUGGUCGUCAGUGGAGGUUGGGAUCGAAAACUGAAGUUCUGGGACAUGAGAACCAACAAUCCAGUUGGUACGUUGGAUAUGCCCGAGCGUGUCUACGAUCUGGACGUACGGGGCAACUUGAUGUGCGUCAUUACAGCCAAUCGUAGAAUGAUGAUUUACAACGUCGGUACACCGCAGCCCACCCUGGUGCAAAAUAAAGAAUCUCCACUGAAAUUCCAAAGUCGAUGUGUAUCUUGCUUCCCGGAUCAAACCGGGUUUGCCAUUGGAGGAGUAGAAGGACGAGUUGGUAUUCAAUACGUUCAAAAGGUUGGAAACAAAGAUCAUUUUGCUUUCAAGUGUCAUCGAAAAGACAACAAUGCGUUCAGUGUGAAUGCCAUUGCCUUUAACAAUCAAUAUGGAACCUUUGCUACAUGUGGAGCCGACGGUGUCGUCAACUUUUGGGAUAAGGACAAUAAACAACGAUUGAAGGGUUUCAAUCCGAUUCAAAGAUCGAUCCCUUGCGCAGCUUUUAACGCCCAAGGCAACCUCUUUGCUUACGCAAGCAGCUAUGAUUGGAGUAAGGGAAGUGGAUACCACACCCCUGGAUCGCCAAAUGAAAUAUACAUCCAUUAUACGCCGGAAAACGAAAUCAAACCCAAAGCAAAGCGAUAA